AAGUGAAAGCGGUUUUUACAAUCGAAUUUGAUUUCAAGGUUUAUCCCACAACCAAUUUUCCUACUGAUGGACAUAUCCUCUUCACGUUACAUUAUAUUACAACCUACUAAACAACAACCAAAACUCAACCAUGAGACUCCAUUACGUUCCCAUCGUAAUUUACUUGUUGCUGUUCGUGCAAGCGAAAAAACGUUGCCGUAGAGUGACCAGAGUCCUCGACUAUUACAAGCUAAAGAGUUGCUACAGAUCCACUCUACCGUCUGUGUACCGCACGUACGCGAACCAGCUCGAAGAUUGCGUCGAAACAGCGAGGCAAAAGAGAGGCCUGGCGUUCAAUUUCAGCCCGCCAGAAGCCAGAUCAUCCAGUAAUUACAUCGCCACGUGCCAGAUACUGGAAUGUCCGGAGACGGCGAACAGUUCCACCCUGAUCGAGGACGUAACUUUCGAUUAUUACAGCGCCUACGGGAACUGGACGGCCACGAGGAACGCGUCUUGCGUGAGAAACAUCGGAUUGUUCGUUGUGACGGAGGAGAAGCACGGUUACUACAGCUCCAUAAGCGCGUGUCAAAGCUUGGGGGCUGAUUUGGCAGACGUAACGUCUCAAACUAGGUCUAGGGAAUUGUCUAAAAUUAUAAACAACUCGUUAGACGGGUGGUAUAAAGUCGCGUACGUGGGUUUGGACGAUGUUGAACAACGGGGGCGGUUUGUGAAUGCUGUAGACUUGCCUUUGAGUUGUACUGCGUUCAGGGCGUGGGCGCCGGGUCAUCCUGUUGCAAAUUCUUUCUACCACCAUUGCGUGGUUUUAGACGACGAUAAUUUGUGGAGAGUGGUCGAUUGCAGGAGGAAAUUGCGAGGUUUGUGCGAAUUUUACCCAGAACGACCGGAAUCGUAUUUAAAGUUGUGCCAAAACGUAAUUAAUAAAGGUAUGAAAUUAGCGAAAUACAUAAGUUUAUUUUCCAACGGUAUAAGACACUUAGCGACAGUUUCAAAACCGAAAAGUUACUAUGAAGCCCUGGGAUUAACCCCUAACGCCACUCAAACCGAAAUCAAGUCGGCCUAUUACAAAUUGUCCAUGAUCUAUCACCCGGACAAGAACAAGGACGAAGUGUCCCAUCAAAAAUUCAGAGACAUAACGGAGGCGUACGAAACAUUAGGCAACACUCGAACUAGAAAAAUGUACGAUAGAGGUUUACACAUUAGAAAAGAUGAUGCUCGUUUACACAAUUUCCACAAAUCCAGCGAAACGAAGGAAAAAUAUACAGCUCCGAGUGGUAAAACGCCCGUGUACGAUUUCGAUGAAUGGGCCAAGGCGCACUACGAGACAGCCUUUCGAAGGAAAGCGGCAAAUAAACGACGUUAUGCCGAAUACGAACGUAUGAGACAGGUCGACUCGAAUAGUAAGAAAUACGAGACGAUCAGUUUUGUAGUAACGAUGGCCAUAAUAACGGUGCUAUUAUUUCAAAAAAUGGACUACGACCAGGUUGAAACUCCUCCUAAGAAAGUCGUUGUAGUGGAACAAACAAGUUCUAGUAAUGAAGAUACGAGUAAAAAGAGCUAGAACUUUACAAACUAUAAUUUAGUCAAAAUAAUCGCGAUUACCUUAUUUAUUUCGUUUUUCCUACAGGAAAAAUUAAAAUUUACAUUCUCUUUACUCAAAUUGUUGAUAAUAGUUUAAAUAUUUGUACUUACCCUAAUCUCACAACCUUUUGGUAAGUUCUUUCUUAUUAUCUUGAAGUUCUAGAUGAACAUCAAAUCGAAGUCUCUGUGAUGGUUUACUUCAGAGGAGUUUAUUCCAAGCCCAAUUCUACAAAUCAAUUACAAACCAAGAAUAAUUUAUAAUUUGAAUAUAGUAUUACAGUAAACUAUUCAAAAAAUAAAUUAAUCUCGAUUUGUAUGAAACUUGUACAAUUGGUCCAUAACACUAUUUGUUAAAUUAAAUUAAUAAAAACCUGAUAAAUAAAU